UCGUCUCAUCAUGGAGGGAAACUAAUAACAUCCUCUGGUUGCGAUGGACCCGCAGUUAAUAUCGCGUUCAUCAGGGCACGAUGAACAAGAUUUUGAGUUCUUGGGCAGUAACGGAGGCCCCUACAUAUUGCAGAGGAACGUCUACAUAUAUGGUUAAGGAGGGACAGAGCAAAGAAUUCAUCUAUGGUUUCAUCCAACGAAAGACUUCCAUUCCUACAUAAAAUCCUUCGGAAUGAGCAUCAUAGGGUGUAAGGCUACAUAUGGACUUUUCUCUCUAUGAAAUCCAUCAAUUUGGUAUUUGAUAUUUGAUAAAUCUCGAGUCUUUAGGUUCUGCGUGGGCAAAAUAUCAAUUAGGGUUUUCAAGAACAAGAAGAAGAUUGAAACUACCCACUUCAGCCAAUGCAAAUAGAGGGAAGCAUAUGGAAUGCUGAAGAAGGCCGGGCAUCAGAUGAAAAUAAAACGGGUUGGAGCCAGGCACCGUCCACAGCCUACUUCCAAGGAUUCAGUGUUGAUGGCUGCAAUUUAAAAGAUGGUGACACACGGAAAUGUUAUUCCGCAAAAGUUUGGUGGAACAAGAAUUAGUGUUGGAAAUUAAAUCCUCCAGAACAAAGGGCAUAUGAAAACAUAAGAAACAAAUACUUCUAUUAUGACUAUUGCUCUGAUAAGUCACACUAUAAAGCAUCAUUAGCCCC